AUGAAUUAUGGAGGGAGGGGUGUUUUGGAAUUUUUGAAGGGGGGUGGUUGGCACUGGGCCAACAUUACAUGCACCGUGCUGAAUGGGGACGUGAACAGGUUGGCGUUUAGUCCGAACGGGGCGAAUAAGGAGUCGUUUAAAAUUGGAGCGAACUUCCGACACGGCGAAUUCGAACGCUACACUUACGAACUCACAGCCGACACGUUCGUGGCGUGUUAUGGACGCGGCGCGACGCCACUGAGCGGGGUGUGGCUCGCGAGCGGCGCUUUGGCAAACUGCGACCCGGUGUCUUUGGCUCGUCUGGGAUACGUCUAUGGGCACGGUUGUAUGCAUGAGAUGGGCAUGACCCUGACCAAUACGUUCAACUAUUAUAAGGGAAAGGCACUGAAGAGUGAACUUUGA